UCUUUCUUUCUCUUCCCGCUUCUCUCUCUCUCUCUUCCUCCAAACCAGCACCACAUUGCAUUGCACGCAGAGAUCCGAAUCUGGAUCCAUGGCUGAGUGUGAAUUUGAACUCGAUCUUGAAGAGAAAUCAUGGCAUCUCUUUGCACUCCUUCUCCGAAUUGGCCACGCAGUCUAUCCGUCACGUCUCGCCGCAGAGUGUCGUUUAUUUGCUGCAUCGCCGGACUUUGUCUGCUACGUCAGUUCUCUUCCUGGUUCACCCCUCUCUGUUACUGACAAUGGACUAGUCACACCCUCUGUUAGUGCGGUUUUUGCACUUGGAAGCUUCUUCUCUGUCCGUCUCUCCCCUGAACGGCAAAAGCAUUGUUUUAGGAAACGCAAGUUGUUGUUCGACUCGGCGAAAGAUGGAAUAGAACACAAAAGGUUAGCAAUUGGAAAUGGAAUUCGGGAAAUAUCUUUCCAGAGUUGUGCUGAUGCUGCAGAGGCUCUGAUGAGAAGAAACUUCCCUAUAAUAAAAUUUGAAUCACAGAAUAUAGGUAGUGGGAAUUUUAUAUUCCCCUUGCGUGUUGAUAAAAAUGAAAAAUGUUCAGGUUAUCUGAUGCCAAAUUUUAAACAUAGGCAUGAUGUCAGCCCAACCAUGUCUAAUGAAGAGGUUUCUAAACCAAUUAUCAAAAACUUAAACAGUCCAAAGCUAGCGGACGUAAAUAGAUUCAUGGCAUGUAAUCUCCGUGUUGAUCGUGCCAUGUUAGAACCCUCAGUAUGCAAGAACGGCAUUGAUGUUAAUAGCUUUGGAUUUGGGAAGAAAAUGGAUUGUUUUGAUGCUUUUACGCAUGACAGUACUGAACUAAAUAGUAUUACUCAUGUAGCAAGUGGUACGGGUGAAAGUACUGUAUGCAAAAAUCUACCAGGAAGAUCUAAUGAAGAUGAUGAGGUGCAAAGUGGUUCAAAGAAGGGGCUUAUUGAUACUGGUUCAAAUAGAGACAAGGAAGAUGUUACUCAGAUGGUCAAUGCUGUACUCUGUGGAGAAGAAUUAACUAAUGGUUUGCAACAAAAGAACUCAUGCCUUGCAAUAAAUUUAGAAACAAUGGAGGGUGAGAGAAACAUAAUAACUUAUAAAAGAGCUAAUUCCUCUUUAAAUCCUAAGCGGCCUUUGAAAUCUUCUAACACAUUAAAGAGGGGACAGAAGAACGGUCUACAUCCCAAGUCACAGAUUCUUAAAGGGUCACCAGCCAACAACAAAUGUAAUAUUGUUCCACAAAAUGUUGAUCAAUUUAAAAAUAAUCAGAAACUUGCAACGAGGAAGCAAAAUCAUAAAGAGAAUAAGGCAGAAAAUAUUCCCGCUACUACUAAGGUGGAGAAAAAAACAUAUCCAUCCUUUGAAGCUUUUACAAUAGAGGAAGAAGAAGGUUCAGGUGGUUAUGGCACUGUUUACCGUGCUCAAAGAACUACAGAUGGAAAACGGGUUGCAAUAAAAUGUCCUCAUAGUAAUGCUCAUAUAAAUCACGUAACUACUGAACGGAAUAUGCUCGAGCGUUUUGGUGGUAAAAACUUCAUAAUAAGAUACGAAGGUUCUUUGAAAAAUAACAAUACCGAAUGCUUUGUUUUAGAGCAUGUUGAGCACGAGAGACCUGAGGUUUUGAAAAAGGAAAUUGAUUUAUUACAGAUUCAAUGGUACGGUUAUUGCCUGUUCAGGGCCCUUUAUUGUUUGCACAAAGAGGGAGUUGUUCACAGAGACGUUAAACCUGGAAACUUCCUUUUCUCUCGAAAGCAAAGCAGAGGUUACCUUAUUGAUUUCAACCUAGCCAUGGAUUUGAAGCAUAAGAACAAAGUUGGAAGUAAAUCAAAACCCAACCUGGUUGCAUCAUCCCAUAAUGUUUCUCUUUCUUCUCGUUCUGCUCCUUUGGUCCGAGGCAAGAAUCUUGGAGGCAGCAAGUCUUUAACAUCCAAUAAAAGAGCUUUGGCGGAUUAUAAGAAUUAUUCUGAACUUAACAGGCAUGUGAAACAAAAGGCUUUUACUGGUCCUCAGAAAAAUGGUCCCGACAUGGUUGGUGGGAGUUUUUCUAGAGCACAAGGAACAGACGGCUCGGGUAUAACUUCUGCUAGAGAUGCUAGCACUAGGACUGCUUCUGCAGAGAGGCUCAGGGAACCUUUACCUUCCCACGGAAGAAAGGAGCUUAUCAGCUUUGUGAAUACUAUGAAAUAUACAAACAACAGUUCAAUAAUAGGUCCUUCCUCUCAAAGGAAAAGAGUUACUGCUCCCUCAAGCAGAGUAGAUAGCAAGAUUUUUCAUAUUACCCCAAUGCCUCUGCAUUCAUCUACAGUUGGUGCGGUAUUGAGAAGCAAAGGAGAUGGAAAACAGAAAAAAGAAGGUUCAUGUGUUGGAACCAAAGGAUUCCGUGCACCGGAGGUUUUGUUAAGAUCUCAGCAUCAGGGACAUAAGAUUGAUAUUUGGUCAGCUGGCGUUACUCUACUCUACAUGGUGAUAGGAAAGACUCCUUUCACUGGCGACCCGGAACAGAACAUAAAAGAAAUUGUAAAAUUGCGGGGAAGUGAAGAGUUUUGGGAAGUGGCCAAGCUACAUGACCGUGAAGUGUCUUUUCCUGAGGAGUUACUUGAUGAGCGAUACUUGCAGUCAUGUGACUUGGGAGCCUGGUGCAAAACUCACACAAAGAGACCAGAAUUUCUUGAACAGAUCCCGAAAUCGUUGUUUGAUUUGAUAGACAAGUGUCUAACAGUUAAUCCAAGAAAUAGACUUAGUGCUGAAGAUGUUUUGAGACAUCAAUUCUUUGACUCAUUAAACGACUCUCUUAGGAAGCAAAGGAUGAUGCAACGUGCUAUCAGAUCAGAGGCUGCAGCAGCUUCUGCUGCAAUCUAAGACUUGUUUCAUAAAGUGUAAGUAGUUGUUUUAACUUCUUUUUACAUGAAGGUGGUUUACCCUUAAGAGAAUUUCUGUACUUGUUGAUGGUUGUAUAUAUUCUCGACAUGUUUUUUUUUAUUUAUUCUUUUAUUACUGUAAAGUCCCCAUCAUCUUAUUUAGAGUAUUGUCAUCCUCUAGUAUAGGUUUAGAC